AUGGAGCCCUCGUCUAGUAGGGUCGUGUGUUUAGUCCUGGCACUGGCCGUGGCGGCGGCCACGGUCGCCGUCAGGCCGUGCGCGGCCCAGAACUCGCCGCAGGACUUCGUGAACCGGCACAACGCGGCGCGCGCGGCCGUGGGCGUCGGCCCGCGGCAGGGCGACUGCAAGCUCGUGCACUCCGGGCCCAACAACCAGUACGGUGAGAACCUCUUCUGGGGCAGCUCCGGCAAAGGCUGGACGGCGUCGGAUGCCGUCGGCACGUGGGUGGCGGAGAGGCAGUACUACGACCACGGCCGCAACAGCUGCGCGGCGGGGAAGGUGUGCGGCCACAACACGCAGGUGGUGUGGCGCGACUCCACCGCCAUCGGCUGUGCUCGCGUCGACUGCAACAACGGCGGCGGCGUCUUCAUCACCUGCAACUACAACCCGCCGGGCAACUACGUUGGAAGGAGCCCCUACUAG